CAGGCCCUACCUUUAUCUAUAUCUAACUACACUCUCCACUUCAACCGUACUUGUUGGUUCUCCACAUUCUAUUAUUCUAUCAAUCACGAUGUUAUGGAAUACAGUGCCUCUUAGCUCCUCUUCUCUCUCUCUCUCUCUUGCUCGCUCUGUGCAACAUUCCUGAAAACCUGCAUAGAAACACACACACAAAAAUACUACAAACAAGCAAAAUUCGAAGCCUGUGGAAAAUUAUCUGGAUCAAACUGUCCCAAAGCAAUCGCGGGAUUGGUCUAAACUGCAGGGACAGUUUCAGUCCUUAGCCAAUAGAAAAUACAGAAUUUGUACAGCUGACGUGGCUUCUGAAAACACGGAAGUAAAGCUUUGGUGGUGUUUCAUUAAAUUGAGGAACAGAAAAUGCCAGUGGUGGCAACGGAGAGAUAUGGCUCCCUCGAGUCAUGGAAAUAUCAGUUGAAGGAUGGAGUAAUGGAGAGAGAAAGAGAAGGGGGCAACGGUGGGACGACUGGAAAAACCAUCAUUGGCGUGUUCAAAAGUGUCUUCUUGCCUCAAGGGUAUCCAGAGAGUGUCAGUGGCGAUUACCUGCAGUAUCAAUUUUGGGAUACUCUUCAGGCCUUCGCCAGUUCUCUUUCAGGUACUCUUGCCACCCAGGCCUCUUUAAGGGGUGUUGGUGUUGGAAACCAAGAGGCAACAGUUGCUGCUGCAACAAUUACCUGGUUAUUACGAGAUGGCACAGGCAUGCUGGGAAGAAUCCUAUUUGCCUGGCUUAAAGGGAAUAAACUGGACUCUGAGGCCAAAAAAUGGAGGCUUGUUGCUGAUGUUCUCAAUGAUAUCGCCAUGUUCAUGGAAAUACUGGCUCCUAACUUCCCAACAUGCUUCACUCUAAUUGUGUGCUCUGCUGGAAUAUUCAAGUCCAUUGUCGGGGUUGCAGGUGGGGCCACCAGAGCUGCUUUGACUCUUCACCAAGCUCGCAGAGACAACAUGGCGGACAUCUCUGCCAAAGAUGGCAGCCAGGAGACUUUAGUGAAUCUGGCUGGACUGCUGGUCAGUCUGAUCCUUAUUCCUCUUGUCACUGACAAUCCACUGCUGACGUUCGUCCUCUUCUUCCUUUUCACCAUUCUACACCUUUGUGCAAAUUACAAAGCAGUGCGUUCAGUUGUCAUGGAGACACUCAACGAAGCUCGGCUUGCUAUUGUGCUCCACCAAUACCUGAGAGAUGGACGGGUCCUCGGUCCACUAGAGGCCAAUCUUAAAGAGCCUGUAUUCUUGGAGUUCAGGAGGACAGUGCCAAUCAAACUGGGAGUGAGGCUAGGGGAACUUAUUUAUACGUCAGAGGACCUUAUUUUGGCCAUGAAAAACAACCACAAGCCCUUCCUUAUCGGAGUCAAACGUGGCUCUGUGUGUGUUUGUUUGGGACCAGAUGCAUCUGUAUGUGAUGAGAUUAGGGCUGUGUGCCAAGCAGUGUGCCUCUGCACUGUGUUACAACCUGUCUCGCCACUAGAGGGGGCUCUCAAACAACUCUCAAUGUCACAAAGCAACAAUCAUUGGGAGCUGGUGCAUGAGAGUCAUAAACUUAUGGACCAAAUUUUUCAGCCAUUCCUCAAAGCUCUGGAGGUAGCUGGAUGGCAGACCAGUCGAACCCUGCUGGACUGGGAUGAAUGGAGGGUGGAGUGGAAGAAGAAGAGCAGUUAAAGGAGUGGCAGGGUCUCUGGAGAGCAACAACUGCAAGGCAAUAGGCUGAGCUCUCUGUCAAACAUUCAUUGUGACAUGCUCAAAUAUUAAUAUGCUCAGAUUCAUUUAAAGGUUUUUGUCCUUUUAUGGUACAUUUUAUACAAACAACUUCAGAAUAAACUUGACCAUAACUUUAA